AUGGCCGACUACGCUGAGAAGCGAAGCGAAGUCGCGGUGGCCCACGAUGAGCCCCGCGGCGGCAUCAUCAAUGAGAAAGAGGUGUGUGCGUGUGCGUGUUUCUGUGCUGUCGGCAAACCUUUGAUUGAAAGAGAGAAAAAGGAUCGGAAGAGGCUAACAAGUGAUCUGGUAAAACAGGGGCUGCACGAGAUUCACGUCGAUGCCGCCAUUGCCGCCGCGGAUGAUGAGCGUGCCGAGCACGACCUCAACGUCACCGAGGACGACUUGCUCGAGGCCAAGGAGCUCGCUGCCACCUUUACCCUCGAGGGCACGCGUACUCUCAUGAACCAAGUGUACAAGCUCCACCGCCGUGAUCCCAACUUUCCCCAAACCAUUCUGGACCGAAUUGAGGAAUUCCUCGAAAGCCAGGAUGUCUUUGACAACCCGGAAAAGCACGAGCAGCUGAUUGCCGAGAUGAAGAUCGAAGCCGCCCUCAUCACCAACAACUCGCCGUACGCCGAGGUCCGCGCCGUUGUCAGCAACCACGACGACCCGAGCAUGCCGUGCUCGACGAUCCGCGCCUGGGUCAUUGGCAUCUUCUUUUCCGUCGCCGUCGCCUUCAUCAACGGCUUCUUCGAGAUCCGCCAGCCGGCCAUCUCCGUCACGGCCAACGUCCCGCAGCUGCUCGCCUACCCCGUCGGCAAGCUCUUUGAAAAGGCGCUGCCCGACGUCGGCGUCACCCUGUUCGGCGUCCGCCACAGCCUCAACCCUGGGCCCUUCAACCGCAAGGAGCACAUGCUCAUUACCAUCAUGGCGUCCAUCUCCCGGUCCUCCCCGUACACAAACUACAUCAUCUGGAUCCAGUACCUGCCGCACUUCUUCAACCAGAGCUGGGCCCUUAGCUUCGGCUACCAGAUCCUCAUUGCCCUAUCGACCAACUUUAUCGGCUACAGCCUGGCGGGCAUCUGCCGCCGCUUCCUCGUUUACCCCUCGUACUGCGUGUGGCCGCAGUCUCUGGUCACCAUUGCCCUCAACUCGGCCUUUCACUCGGACUCGAAUCCGGCCGUCGCCGGCCCGUUUCGGACCUUUUGGCGUAUGAGCCGUCUCAAGUUCUUCGGCAUCGCCUUUGCCGCCAUGUUUCUGUAUUUCUGGUUCCCCAACUUCAUCUUCCAGGGGCUGGCGUACUUUUCCUGGAUGGUCUGGAUCGCGCCCGACAAUGCCAAGCUGGCCGCCAUCACCGGCGGCUUCGCCGGUCUCGGCCUCAACCCGCUGCCCACCUUUGACUGGAAUAUCGUCACGUACCUGUGGGAUCCGCUGAUGCUGCCCUUCUUCAGCAUCGCCAACAACUUUGCCGGCAUGGCCCUAACCAUGCCCGUCAUCGCCGCCAUGUACUACAGCAACGUCUGGGGCGGCGCUUACCUGCCCAUCAACUCCAACAAGCCUUACGACCGCUUCGGCAAGCGCUACAACGUCACGAGCAUCCUCGACGAGCGCGGCAUCAUGGACAUUGAAAAGUAUAAGGCUUACUCCCCACCGUACCUGUCGUCUGCCAACACGGUCGUCUACAUGAUCUUCUUCGCCGUCUACAGCGCCGUCGUCACCUACGCCGCGCUCUUCCACCGCACCGAGAUCAUGAUGGGCUUCCGCGACUUGAUCAACAGCUUCCGCCCGUCCAAGAAGAAGGAGGUGGAGGAGGGCCGCGUGCUCGAUGUCCACAACCGCCUGAUGAAGGCGUAUAAGGAAGUCCCCGAGUGGUGGUACUUUUGCACCCUCGUCUUUGCCGUGGCCGUCGGCUGCGCUGCCAUUGCGGUGUACCCCACGUACACGUCCGUCGCCGUUGUCUUUUACGGCGUCAUUAUGUGUCUUAUCUUUGUCGUCCCCGUUGGUAUUGUCUACGCUAUGACGGGCGUUGAAGUCACCCUCAACGUCCUCGCGGAGUUCAUCGGCGGCUCCUUUGUCGAGGGCAACGCUCUGGCCAUGUGCUUCUUUAAGUCGUACGGCUACGUCACCUGCGCCCACGCCCUGGCCUUUAGCAACGACUUGAAGCUGGCUCACUACGUCAAGAUUGCCCCGCGCUUUACCUUCUUCGCGCAAAUGGUUCCUAGUCUUGUCACCACCUUUGUCUACAUUGGCAUCGUCCAGUUCCAGGUCCACCUUAAGGACGUAUGCACCCCCGAAGCCCCCUUCCGCUUCUUCUGCCCCGGCAUCAACACCUUCUUCACCGCCGCCGUUCUCUGGGGUACCGUUGGUCCGAAGCGUCUCUGGGGUGUUGGCGGCACCUACUCCGUCACGCUCCUCGGCUUCCCUCUCGGGGUCGUCGUUGUGCUGCUCUUUUGGCUGGCCGGCAAGAAGUGGCCCAAGAGCGCCUUUGUCCGCAACAUUCACCCCGUCGUCAUGAUGAACGGCGGCCUGUCCUGGGCGCCGUACAACAUCUCCCAGAUGUGGCCCGCCGUCCCCGUCGCUGCCUUUUCCUGGCUCUUUGUCCGCAAGCGUUUUCUCGGCUUCUGGUCCAAGUACAACUUUGUGCUGUCGGCUGCCUUUUCUGCCGGCAUGGCCAUCUCAGGUCUGAUCCAGUUCUUUGCUCUGGCAUACCACGGCACCGAGUUCAGCUGGUGGGGGAACAAUAUUGUCGCCUCUGGCUGUGACGAUGGCGUUUCGUGCCCUCACAUGACGCUGGCCAAGGGCGAGUACUUUGGACCUGGACCAGGGCAGUUCUAA